AUGGAGAAUCAGUCUUGGGACUUCUUCGGAGCCCCCAUGAGCAAUGUCAGCACCAAUCAGACUCUUCUGAACAAGAUGCCGCAGUUGCCCCUGGAGGUGCAGGUGGUUACCAUCUUGCUGGUUCUGCUGAUCUGUGGGGUAGGCAUUGCAGGCAAUGUCAUGGUGGUCCUGGUGGUCCUUCGCACCAAGCACAUGGUGACUCCCACAAACUGCUACCUGGUGAGCCUGGCUGUUGCCGACCUGAUUGUGCUGCUGGCAGCAGGGCUGCCCAACAUCUCUGAGGUGGUGGCCUCCUGGGUGUACGGCUAUGCUGGUUGCCUGUGCAUUACUUACCUGCAGUACUUGGGCAUCAACAUCUCAGCAUGCUCCAUCACAGCCUUCACAGUGGAGCGCUACAUUGCCAUCUGCCACUCCAUUAAGGCACAACUGCUUUGCACCGUAGCCCGGGCCAAGCGCAUCAUUGCUGCCCUGUGGUUCUGCACUUCGCUGUAUUGUCUCAUGUGGUUCUUUUUGGUGGACACCUCAAAAGCCAUGUUUGCUGAUGGCACUCAAGUCAGCUGUGGCUACCGUGUCUCCAGGAACCUCUACAUGCCCAUCUACUUCUUAGACUUCACCAUCUUCUAUGUCAUCCCCCUGGGCUUGGCCACUGUCCUCUAUGGUCUCAUUGCCCGCAUUCUCUUCAUGAACCCACUGCCUGCCACACCACAGCAUGCAAGCCGGCUGAGCAAACGCAGCAGCUCCAUCACUAUCUCCAACUCCAUGAAGCUGUCUUGCCGGGGGACCAAGAGUGCUUUGAGCUCCAGGAAACAGGUGACCAAGAUGCUGGCUGUGGUGGUGAUCCUUUUUGCCCUUCUGUGGAUGCCAUACCGUACCUUAGUGGUGGUCAACUCCUUCAUGGACCCUCCUUACCUGAACAGCUGGUUUGUCCUCUUCUGUAGACUCUGCAUCUAUCUGAACAGUGCUAUCAAUCCAGUCAUUUAUAACUUGAUGUCCCAAAAAUUUAGAGCUGCCUUCAGAAAGUUAUGCAAGUGCGAGCAGAAGAGAACUGAAACUGCCACACACUACAAUACCCCCGUCUUCUAUAGCACCAUGAAAGACUAUUCUCAUGACAGUUCUGAGCACAAUGUAACAGAACAAGAAGAUCUCAAUGGCUGCCCCCCAAUAGCCAGAAAAGGUAAUCUUUCCAAAUAA